CAACAUGCAUCCAAUCACUCACUAACUUGUUUCAACGCCAAAAUAGCAUCAUGUUUCGAGUUUCGAGUCUCACGCGCUGAGUUUUUUUCACUGGACACCUCCUGUACCUCGUACCUCCACGUCUCCAUGCCGUUCUUGUGGGGUACAGUACGAAAGCUGCUAUUUUGGACAGCUCCAGAACCAGAAUCCAGGGACGGAGACUGAGAAAGGUAAGGAUCUUACCGCUUUCCUUAAAUUUAUUCUAGGAAUCAGCCACAGGACGCUUUCGUCCAGCUUCGUAUAUUACAUGUAGGUCUGCACGACUUUCUCUGCAUUACAAACAUUGCACACAUAUCUCAGUCUUCAACAUGCCUAUCACCAAAUCCUGUAUCUCGCCGCCAAUUGAAGCAGGCCAAUCACUCCUCGACGCCAUGCAGCUUCCACCUCAAUUUACCAACGCUCUAGAAUACGUUUCUAGCAGAUUGGCACGAAAGCGACUACACCUCUCCCUCAUCGUGGUUCGCAAAGAUGUACAAAUUCCCGGCUCUCCAUUCGCACAAUGUCCACAAUCACCAGCAACCUUCAAGAGAUCCGCGAGCAAGAGCUCCCUCAGCUCAGUAUCAAGUUCCAGCUCCACCUCUUCUACAGCUUCGGUAUCCCGAACGAUUCGACCCAGUCUACCAACGUCACCAAACCCAUUUGGUGUCAGUCUCAUGCACGCGAGUACUUUGACCGAAAAGGCCGAGAGAAUCUUGCAGCACACCGUUGCCAAAGCAGAGAAGAAAUUCUCUAUUGGGUCCGGCUGGCUUUCCUCCCAACCGCUCCCAACGCUCCAAGCCUCCUCGACAAAUGACCUCAUUCGUCGCUCUCUAAUUCAGAACGAAGUCAUCUUCUCCUCCGAGGGUCUGACUCUACUCUCUCUCGAUCACGUCUACACUUUCAAAAGCCAAUUACACACCUACUCUCGCUCAUUAGCCCCAUCCGACUUGACUUGUGCUGUGGAUGAGCUCCGUCGCCUUGUUCUUGCCCAAGGCGGACGAAGGGUCACGAAAGGAUAUCUCAUGCGAGCAUACGACUGGUUAGGCAUCAGCCUGUCCGCGCUGGUAGAUGUCAAUGAAGGCUACAAAUUCGCCUACGGAGGCAGUCAGCGAUUUGGAGGCAUUGAAGUUCAGAAUGAGGAAAGACGAACACCUCCUCCUCUGAACACAUUUUUUGCCACUCGGGACCUCAAGCUCAUGAACACUUAUGUGGCAUAUGAGGACCAGAGUUCUGAAGGUACCAGCAGUUUGGGAAGCGCAAGCCAGGAGGAGAGUGUGGUCAGCCGCUGGAGGGAGGACCGAGGACCCCAUCUGCGUGGACCUGCUACUCCAAAUGGGUUUGAGGACCUCACACCUGUGACCCAGGAAGAGUGGUCCUUCUUGAUCAACAGUGACAGCUGGAACGGGGCCAGAACUGUCGCAAUAGAGACUUGUUGAUAUUCUUGUUUACAAUAUUUGCAUAUCUAUUUAGCGUUUCCUUUGUUAGCAUCCGAAAGCAAGAGCUGCGAUCGGAUGAAGCAUUUUAGACUCGAGCAUUUAAGCAUUAGAACGGUGUCCAAACAUAUUCAAUAAAAUUCAAAGACCAUGUCAC